GAUCCAUAUCCCUGGAGGCGGGCGACGAGUGCUGCCAAGAGCACCCGGGGUGCGCAUCACACGAGGCGACGCCCGGCAAACUGGUCUGCGCCACUAGGGCAUACGGGGGUGAACGCCACGUUCCCCGGGCAAAGAGUGAAUGGUGAACGAGGAAUCGGACAAUCUGCAGGGAGUGGAGACACUGACCACUCACAGAACGGUCAGAUCAUGACUAAGGACAUCAAGAACAUGCUGGACUGGCUCAAUCGCAGUUGGCGACAUCAUCUGUGGAACCGAAAACACUCAUCGCAAGAGUGCCUGAAACCCUGUGCUUCCAUCGACCCUGGUCUGGCGUAG